AAAAAUGGAUUUGUUACCACUUACUAGUGACAUAACAAAACUGAAAGAGUAUUGUGUGACUGAAAUAAACAAAAUUGUAUCUCAAAUAAAGAAUGAGCCAACAGCAGAGAAGUACAAAAUGUUGGCAAAACUCACACUUUCAAGGCUUAUAACAUUUAAUGAUAGGAGAGGUGGUGAGCCUAGAAAACUGAAGACAACAGCUUGGCAUGGUACAAGAGAAGGAAGCUCUGUUCACAAAGAAGAGCUAGAUGUACUGCCUGUAGAAGAGAAGAAGCUGGAUGAAAGGCUGAGGCUAGGAUACGUUGUUGGGAAAGGCCACAAGAAAGUCCCCAUCAUAUUCCCUGAAGAGACAGUUAAUGCAAUCGAUGUGUUAAUGCAGCAUAGGGUAUCAUUCAUUACCAAUAAAAGUAACCCUUACAUAUUUGCCAGACUUCACAAGGAGUCAAUGCUGUACCUCCGUGGUUCAGACUGUGUUAGAGAGGUUUGUGAGAUGGCAGAUCUGCAACAAGCCUCUUUACUGACUGCUACACAAAUGAGGAAAUACUUGGCUACUACAUUGCAGUUGUUAGAUAUGAAACAAGCUGAGCUCCGAUGGGUAACAGACCAUUUAGGACAUACAGUUGACGUGCACAAGAAAUGGUAUCGACUUUCAAACAGGACUGUGGAGCUAACAAAAUUUGCUAACUAG